CAUGACCCCUUUAAUGGCUCGUAGAGGUGACUUGUUUUCUUAACAUUCAGAAUUUCAAUCCUUUCCUCUACUGAAUGGUAUAUCCUAUUUAGAAGACUUGUAAAAGAGUUGGUGUAACUACUUUUGUUGUUCUUUUUUGUGUUGUGGUGUAAAUUACCAUAUUUCUUACAUGGAAAGGAGCAAAUUUGACUUUCCACAGAACAUUUCCUCAGAAUCAUGCAGGUUUUGACCAACCUGGGUUUUAGGACCUGUGGAUUCCCUUCCACAGAGGAGGAACUAAGACUGGGGACUUCUGGCUCUAACUACCACAGCAAUCAAUUUCUCAACAACUGGAGCUGCUUCGGACUGGAUGACAAGAGCAUUCUGUUUCCCCAAUUCAGGAUUAAGCAUUGGAGCUUUAAUAUUGGAAUAUUUAAACAGAAAUAUAUAAUCAAGGCAUCAUCUGAUUAACUUUCUGAAGCAAUAGAGAGUGAAGAAGAGGAGGAGAGAGAGGAGCUGGAAGCAGAAGAUGCCACGCUGGUCGAUACAUGUACCAUGAGGAGCACAGGAGAUCUACGCUAAAGACAGACAGGAGAAAACAGUUCACCUGGAUACAUUUCACAGGUCACGUUGAACCCAUGCGGUGGUCCAUGCUUGCCCUGCUGCUCUUGUCCUGCAGCCAGAUGUUUGCCCAGCGCCCAGGUGACAUCUGCCUACAAAACAACCACCACGGACAAGACGUCACAGCCAUCCCUGUGCCAACCGUGGAUCCCAAACUCUUCCACAAGAGACGGUACCGCUCGCCCCGCGUACUUUUCAGCGAGCACCCCCCCGACUCGGAGCCCACUGGGCACCGGAUGAGGAGCAGGACGAAGAGGAAAGCAGGACCGCCUCAACACCGCGGCGUUUACUCCGUCUGUGAGAGCGUCAGCACUUGGGAGGGAAACAAAACCAAAGCUACGGACAUGUCAGGCAACGAGGUCACCGUCUUGCCUGACGUCAUCAUCAACAACUCCAAGAAAAAGCAGUACUUUUUUGAGACGACCUGCAGCAGCGGGCGGACCGGAGGUUCUGGGUGUUUGGGAAUCGAUGCGCGCCAUUGGAACUCAUACUGCACCAAUUCGCACACGUUCGUGCGAGCGCUGACUUCGUUCAAGAACCUGGUGGCGUGGAGACUCAUAAGGAUCAAUGUAGCUUGUGUGUGUGUGCUGAGCCGAAAGUCUUGGAGACAAUGACGAACUGGUUGCUUUUGAAUACACCAGCAAAAGCCUUAUGAUAUCAAACUUGAUAUUCCAAAAUCCUCCAUGGGAUGGUGGACAGCAAACCAUUAAUAACAACAUGUGACAUAAAAUAUACCGUCUAGGAGGAUAGGAGUUCAGUUCUUUUUUAUGCAUUUCUGUCUUUUUUAAAUAACUGUUUUCUUUUGCAGCAGUAGGCCUACCUGAACAUGUACAUACAUUUUUGUGUGUGGUAAUUGUUAUUUAUUAAACUGCAGCAUUAUUGUCAAGUUUAUUGUGGGUCGUUAGUGUGCAUAUUAGCAUUUUUAAAGCAACGUUCUGGGUUGAAUUCAACUUAAAAUUAAAAUUGUCAUGAUUUACUCUUACUUGAAACCUUCAGUACAUUCAUUGUAAUUGCAUUGACGUUUUGUCCUGUUUUUGUUCUGUGGAAGAAAAAAGCCAUAAAGGUUUGGAACGACAUGAGAGCGAGUAAAUGAUGAUUUUUGGAUGUUAACAAAAGUGAACUAAAUUUCUUCCUCAUACAUGUUUCUUUUAUUAUAGAUUGGACUUUUAUUUUUGGCUCCUCCGACCACUUGUCAACAUAUUUUCGAAGACAGCUCGCCAGUCAAUUUCCAAAAGUUCAAAAAGUCAUGUGUCAUAUUAAGCAAAUGUGUGUUCUAUGAUACACUUACUGAAGCCUAGUGGAUAAGCAUGGUUAAAGGGACAGUUCAAGCAAAAAAUGGGAAUUCAGUCAUUAUUUCCCAAAUGUUCUGAGGGCAUAUGAUAGGGUUUGGUGAAAAAUGCCCCAAAAUUGAAUUUAUUAUUUAGCGAAAAUCCUGCACAAUUAUUUUGGUUGUAAAAUCAUAACACUCAAACAUUACAUGUUAGCAAGACACUGGUUUGAUAGAUUUGCUUAUCACCCUGGUAAAAAAAAAAAAAAGUUAAGGUUACUCUUUAUUUGGUAGUACUUUUUUAUCACAUAUUUUACCACUUUUUUACCAUAGUACAUUACAUUAAAUGAACCCUCAACCAAACCCUAAUCCAACCCUAACCCUAUAGUAAGUACAUGUUAAGUAUUAUUACUCAUUGCUUAAAUACACUGUAACAAAUACACCUUAAAGUAAAGUGAACCCUAGUUACAUCAAAUAAGUACUGAAUGAGUUAUAUCAAUUAAGUACUUACUAUAUAGAGUUAUUGUUAGGGUUUGAUUUGGACUAGUUACUUGUAAUUAUUCAUAAUUUUCUGUUCCUAUCGUAAGUAUUUCACCUUAAAACCCAGUUUAACCUGCAUUUGGUAUUUGUGCAAGAAUACAAGAAAUGGACAUGGAAGGAAACCAGUGAUUAUGUUGGUGGUAGUGUAUAACCAGAACUUUAUCUAACUAGAAAAUUAGUUCCACCUCAUACAUUUACUUCAUGCAAGUAACUGUAACAUAAAUGACUUUCAUCCCUUUGCUUUUAAAUGUAUAAUUAUUUGAUUUUUUAACAUUAAGGAAUGUCCAGAUUGUUUUCUGUGGUCAUUGAGCGCAUGCCAAGCUGUUGACAGAGCCUAAAUUACAUUUAAUCUAGCAUAUUACCCUAAACAUUUUCCAGUGUGCUUGAAGCCCAAAAAAGCCAUUGAACGACCUCAGUUAAAGCUAAAGUCUGGUUUUGGUGUAAAAAAAAAAAAAAAAAAAA